AUGACAAACGAAAUGAAUGGUCAUGAAGAGCUCAACAAAAUAGGAUCCUUUCUUAGUAGUGAUUCUGCAGUAAAAAGACAGAUAAGUUCAAGAUCAUGGCUUGACAUAUAUGGGCUAAAGAAUAAUAACAUCGAUAAAUUGUCUGUUCUACAGAACAUUGGAUUUCAAGUAAGAGGAGAGUAUCACCAUUGUCUUGGCAAAUAUGUAAAAUCCUGUUACGGUGAUAAUCUUUUCGUGAGGAUAAAAAAUGAUAGAACUGGAGAUGUCUAUAAUGUUAUUGCUAAGAAAGGGUAUAUUGAGCAAUUAAAGCUGCGGAUUAAACAAGCUGCAAGUCUGUAUCGCAAUCGCCUUACAUGGUUAACUUCUGGAAGUAGAUCAGUCUUUGGUGUUAUCCAAGAGCGUUCAGCUGUUUUUCUUUUGGAUAUUAAAACACAGUCCCCUGAAAUAUUUUCUAAUUUUGUCAAUUCGCUACAAUAUCUCAUUUCAGAGCAGAUAGCAAAUAUGAAGAUGGUCAACAUGAUUAGAUGUCAGGAUGAACCAAAUGUUUUUUCAGCCGAAUUAGAACCUGUAAAUACUUCAACGUUGAAAAAUCUGGUGGAGUGGAUAAGAAAAAUAGAGCGUCUCUCGUUCUUUAGUGAAAACUGUACAAUUGAUUGCAUUUUAAGAAUGAUUCAAUUUAAAAAAAGUUUCGAAUCAGUUUAUUUAAUCACAGAAGGUGAAUCAACUAUGACAUCACCGGAACUACUUGAAAAUAUUGUCAAAACUUUAAAAUAUCCACUGCAUAUUGUAUCGUAUUGUUGUGAAGAUAUGAGAACAAUAGAUUAUUUGCAUAAAUUAUCUAAACAUACUGGUGGACGAUUUCAUGCUUACUGCAUCAACAUGAGUAUACCGUUAUAUUCACCAAGUUGCUGGGAUGUAGAACAAUUUCGACAAACCGUCCAUGUAAAUAAGAUUGAAUAUGGUGGUCCACCUAAAGGUUGGGGUCAACAUGAAGAUUGUUUAUUAAUAUUUGAAGAACUAGAAGAAGCUCAAUCUCUGUUACAACGUAUUGAACAAGUACUCCAUGAUAUUGGUCAAAUGCCUGAUUACACAGUUAAAGAUCCUCCUAAUUCUGAGAGUAAUCAACUUUCACUUGUACCCAAUGAUUUUGCUUUUGACCGAAAACGUGAAGAGUGCAUGUCAUCAAAAGAAUGGUUAAGUAUUUAUGGUUUAAAAGCUCAACAUUUAGAUUUCUAUGAUUUAUUAGCUAGUGUUUCAUUUAAACAUUGUGAUGGAGUUGUAAAUGUUUUAAAACCUCCACUAAAUGAUAAUAAUAAUAAUAAUAAUAAUAAUGAUAAUAAUAAUGAAAUGAACAGAGAAUAUAAUAAAAUUUAUGAUGAUUAUGGAGUAUUCAGUCAAUCGGAACCAGAUUUGAAAGAUUCUUCAAAAGUAUGGUCUUCAAAUGCUAUUAUUCAACCGAAGUUAAUCAAUGCUCAGUAUUGUAACAAUUUCGUUCAUGUUCAAUGGAAAAAUGGUAAAAUAGUUCAUGUGCAAAUUACACCUGAAAUGUAUCGUUCAUACUAUCGGCGAAUGCAAUCAAGAUUAACUGCUAUUAAACAUCGGUUAGAUCUAUUGAGACAAGGUUCAAGGGAACUAUUUGGGACAAUAACUGAAGAUAAUGUAUAUAUUUUAAUUGACACUAGUACAUCAAUGUUAUCCUGUAUAAAAUUUGUUAAAGAAAAACUAUUACAAUUAAUUUAUGAACAGUUAAAAUAUAAAAAUCGUCUUAAUUUUGUCGCAUUCAAUUCAAAUGUUAAUGCAUGGCAUAAUCAUUUACAAAGUACAUCUGAGUGUAAUUUAACAUCGGCUAUAAAAUGGAUUGAAAAAUUAACAUGUGGUGGUACAACCAAUACACUGAAAGCACUUCAAUUCGCUUUGGAAGAUAAUUUAACUGAAGGAAUUUAUUUAUUAACAGACGGUCGACCAGAUCAACAAACACAUACUCUAUUACUCAGUAUGCAAUUAAAUAAUCGUGUACCUAUACAUACAAUUAGUUUUAAUUGUAAUGAUCCUGAAGCGAAUGAAUUUCUGAUUCGAUUAGCUCAAGAAAGUGGUGGACGUUUUCAUUAUUAUAAUGAAUUUCCAGAUAUUGUCAAUAAACCAAAACAAUGGGAGAGUGAAGAUGUUAGAUUAUUAGAAAAUGAAUAUCAACUUGGUUUGGAUAAUUUAAAAAAAUUAACUAAAUUAAAAGAUGAAUGUUAUUUAUUACGUAUGAAAACUAAUAAAAAACCACCAACAAUAAUUGAUUCUGCUAAUGAAAAUAAACAAUUAAAACCAACUGGGAAAACUCAAUCCAUCUUCUUAACAAAUAAAUCAGAUUCUGUUGUUCAUUCAAUGGAUACCAUAAAAUCAGAUGAUGAUUCGAUUUGUUCACAAUCGCAGAAACAAUCGAUAAGGGACUCUACAACUACCGAAAUUGAUGGUACUCCAACUUAUAGUCCAGCUGAAUUUGAACAUCGUCCAACAAUUUCAAAGAAUCAUUCUAAAGUAGUUAAGCGUCAAAAGUCCACGGUAAAACAAAAAUCUAUUCAGAAAAUAUCCAAUGAUGCCUAUUAUCCAAAUUUACAAAAUUUAUAUAAUAAAACAUCUUUGAAUGAGGAAGAUUUUCAUUUAUAUGAAACGAAACAAUUAUUAGAAAAACAAAAUGAAAGAUUGAAUGAGGCUAAUGAAGUGGAUGAAAUGCUUCUCAAUAAAACAAGGCAGGAAGUUAGUUCAAGUCAAGGGUCAGAUAUAAUUUACACGAUUCCAGACUGGUUAUCUCAGAACAGUUUAACUGCAAAAAAACUUCGUUUAACUGAUCUGCUAAAAUCAUAUACAGUACGUCUUCGUCCAACAUAUAUACCAGCAUUAGGACAUCAUGUUGUAUCUGAAGUAUUAAAACAAACUCUACCAGUAGCAUAUGUGAAUAAAAAGAAGUUUACAAAAUCUCCGGAAAUUCAUUUAUUCAAUCCAUUAGCAAUUAAUUUUGAACAAUAUCAAAAAAAUUUAAGAAAUGCAUUAUUCAUUAUUGAAAAAAAACUAAUUGGAAUAAUAUUUGAAUAUAUAGAUGAUGAUUCUUUGAAUAAUCUACGCAAAGAUGUUAAUCUUGAUAAGUAUACAAAAUGGCGGUCAAAAUUAUGUUGGUAUCAAGAUUAUGUACAUAUAUUAAAGAUUUUUGAAAAAAAUAACUGGCCUUUUCCUCAAGAUGAAUUUAAAUUGCUAACAAACGAACUUGAUUUGGGAAAAAAAUAUUUGAAUGAAGUGAAACAAUUGAAAAGUUCAGGAAAUUCUUAUCGAUCGCAUAGAUCUUCAAAGCAAAUGAACUCAGCAUUUGCUGCUGAUCGUGCACCAUGUGGUCAUCCGUAUCGAAUUCGUAACUGAACAAUAAAUAAGAGGAAUUAGUAAAAUUUUAGAGUUCAAUUACAUAAAUACGUAUC